AUGGCUUUUGUAUAUAUUCGAGAACCUCCAGCUGACCUUAUUGAACUUUCAGAGCACCAGGAAUCUACACCCAGAACAUUCUCUUCUAAUGUUCUCUAUUUUUUAUCAAAAGAAGCAGCUUUUAAAGCUUUCCCAGCUAUUGGUUUAUCAGAAUAUAUUGAUGCCUAUAUUACAUCCCAAUCUUUUAUAAUUUUUUCACCAAGUAUUUCAAAAGGGCUUGAAAUUCCUUAUCCAAAGAUAGUUCUCCAUGCAAUCCAUAGAACGCCUCAUAAUGCCUUUGAUACACCUUGUAUUUAUAUGCAAAUAGAGGAUUUGAAUAAUCUUGCAUUAAAGGAAAAUGGUAUGAAUGGCAGCGUUCCAGAAUCUGAUACAAAUAUGGUUGAAUUAUACAUUUCACCAACAGAUUCAUCAACACUUCGUGACUUUUAUACAGCAUUAUCAGAUUGUUCUUCACUUCAUCCAUGUAGAGAACAAAAUUUGGGCGAAGAUAUAAACGAAUUUAGUCAAAAUCAUGAAUGGAUUACAGAAACAAAUAACGAGUCAGAAACUUUGCAAAGUUUUGCAGAUCGAAUACAUGAAAGAGAGGACAAAGAAGAAAAUGAAGCAAAAUGGAGAUGUAUAGAGUAG